AUGGCGAGCUCUAUGAAACCCAAGUUGAAGGUGCUCAAAAAGCGACGAUCGAGUCUUUUCGCGUCCAUAAAACGUGAGUUCAGCUUCACAUCAAGCGAUGACCAAACGCCGGAAUUCCCAUUUUCACAGGAAAGUUCUGUCAAACCGUGGACUUCUAUGGACAAUUUAGACAAUGCGGAAAACGAGAAGAAACCAACGAUACGGAAGUCCAAUGUCGUGAAUUUGAACGUGGGCGGGAAAAUUUUUCACAUUCCUAAACAUCUGGUUCUGAAGUAUCCCAAAAGUCGGAUUGGUGUGCUGGCGAUGUGCGAGGAUCCGGUGAAGAGGUUAAGUCUCUGUGACGACUACAACGUUCAGAACAAUGAGUUUUUCUUCGACCGGGACCCUAUGUUCUUCCACUAUAUUUUCCACUUCUACUGCAGUAACGUGCUGUGGGUGAUGGACAGUCUGUGUCCUGUCAACUUCGAGGAGGAGAUGUCCUUUUGGGGGUUAAGACUCAAGGACACACCAAGGUGUUGCCGCAUCCUAUUUGAGGAGAAACUGGACGACAUCCGAGAGAAGCUGAAGGUGAACCAGGAGCUCAUUGCAGAGAUCAAACCUCACCAGGACGACAGCGUGUACCAGACCAUGUUCCUGGGAGACUUCCGGAAGAUGCUCUGGGACCUCAUGGAAAACCCCUACUCUUCCCUAGCGGCCAAAGCUUUCGCCGUCUUCUCCAGCCUUUUCGUGCUCAUUUCUAUCGUUGCCAUGACGAUGAACACCGUCAAGGAACUCCGGGACUACACACUUGGCGGGAAAACCUACAUGGAGUGGAUAGAGAUCGCCUCCAUUCUCUUCUUCACCGUGGAAUACUUUUUGCGUUUGGUGACCACUUCCAACAUCAAGCAGUUUGUGAAGAGCGCGUUGAACUUUGUGGACCUGGUUGCCGUGAUGCCGUACUUUUUGCAGAUCAUUUUCGAGGCGUUUUUCGUUGAUUCGGAGGAUGUGAGCGCGCAGGAGGAUCUGAAAACCAUGGCCAGGGUUAGCAAAGUCAGCAAAGUCCUCAAAGUGGUGAAGCUAAUGAGAAUUUUCCGAAUCCUGAAGCUGGCGAGACACUCAACGGGAAUGAGGGCGUUUGGGUUCACCAUCCGACAGUGCUCUGAACAGGUGUGCUGUCUGUUCCUGUUCAUUGCGAUGGGCAUCUUCACCUUCUCUGCUCUGAUGCACUCAGUGGAGACAGACCAGCCCGGGACUCCCUUCAGCAGCAUCCCCGAAACCUGGUGGUGGGCCGCGGUGAGCAUCUCCACGGUGGGUUACGGUGACGUUGUUCCUGUCUCCUACCUGGGCCGAUGCGUCGCCUUUGGGUGCAUCUCCUUCGGGAUCAUCCUGAACGGCAUGCCCAUCUCCAUCCUCUUUAACAAGUUCUCUGACUACUACGCCAAGCUGAAGGAGCAAGAGUACACCUACUCCAACACCGAGCGCACCUUCCAGCUCCGCAAACGCAUGAAGAGGAGGUUCCAGAGCUGCCUGGAGACCCCGGCUUUGGACGAUUCCGAAGAAACGCACUACAGGCCCACUGUCAAGCACACGCUGCAGAUCGCCAAGGACUGA